AUGGAAUUCCUGUUAUUUUUGCUGGUUUUUGGAAGUUUUUCACCGUCUUUCACCGAUGGACAAAUCACCCAGAGUACUACUACGACGACACCGGUACCAGCGGCGAAUCGGAGGACGAUCCGCGUGGGCGUGGCAGCUGUACAAACAACAGAGCUUGAUAGCAUAGGAUGGCCGAUGUCAGGUGGUGCGAUAAAUCUCGCGAUUCAAAAGCUACGAGACGACGGAUUUAUUUCGGCUUUCGAUUUCGAACUCACCGUAAACUACACAGAAUGCGAUCGGUCGUUGGGCGCCGCUGUUGGGAUGGAAUUCAUGAGAAACAAAAAGUUAGACGUGGUUAUUGGGGCGCCGUGUCAGGAUCCUAUGGAAGUGAUGGCGACGAUGGCGACGUUUUAUAAGACACCUCUGCUGGCAUGGGGUCUCGUGACGGAUUCGAAAUUUACUGACGCCGAUCGAUAUCCGUAUCUGACGAAUAUCAUGGCUAAUUCGUUGUCACUCGGUUUCUCUCUAGUCAAACUGCUCGAAAUGAUGGAUUGGGAUCGUGUCGCCCUUCUAUAUGAAACCAGUGCCCAAGACUACCCGUUAUCGAUUAUAAAUGAUGUGGAGACGGCGAUAAACGAGUACGAAACAUAUGGAGUCAAUGUGGUGGUUAAACAAGCGCUCCCCAGUGGAGAUGCCAACGACGCUCAGUACAUUUCGGUGCUCAAUCGGAUUAAGAGCCGGUGUCGGAUCAUAAUCCUGGUCGUCCAAACGGCGACUCCUCGUCGAAAAUAUCUGCGAAUGAUCACCGAGCAGAAUAUGGCGAACGAGGAGUAUGUGCACAUUUUGUUAGGUCUGAGGAGUAUCGGGUUUGGUAAACAAAGCGCAGGCCUGACGAAAUGUGAGUUAGGCUGCUUAUCCUCUGGCAUGUCACCUGUAUGGGAAGUCAAUCCGGAUGACGGUUGGAACGAGAGACUUAAAGUGGCGUCGACACGGAUGCUGGUUAUGGAUCUGUCGACCGAUGUGCCUGACGUGAAUUAUCUGAAUACGUUCACGUCACAGUGUGGAGCUCAAGUGGUGAAUCCGCCGGUCUCGUGUGCAACACCACAGUGUCUGAAUGCUUCCACAUCGCCCCCGUCCGCGUUCGCCAGAAGCCUUCACGACGUCUUCUAUUUGUACGGAUUGGCUAUCACCAACGUUUAUAAUCAGAAUCCGGCUAAUUUGAAUGUUGGGAGCGUUAUAAAUGACGCUAUGCAGGUCACAUUUCAAGGACUCACUGGAGAAGUGUCAAUCAACGCCAAUAACACUCGGGUGCCAAAACUGAUGCUCUAUGCGCUAAACGAGAAGUACGACCAGGCGUCCUACAUGAAUUUGACCUACUCUGUCGACGGAGGAGCGAGUGUCUCGUUGGCAUACACAAAUGAAGCGUCCCUCUGGUUCUGGUAUAACGGACUCCGCCCACUUUCCGUCCCAACUUGUGGAUUCACCGGCACAGAGUGUCCCCAAUCGUUUGUAGAUCAAUACGGAGCACUCGUUUUUUCGGUGGGCGGAGUCUUGGCAUUGGCUCUCUUGUUUUUGAUCACUUGCUUCUUUUAUGUGUUACGACAAAGGAAGCUGGAACGUGACCGUAUCGACGCGGAAUGGCAAAUCCCCCUAGUGAAACUUCAGAAGCCACCGAAACGAGAGAAAUCUCAAAUGUCAAAAAGAUCCCUCCAAUCGGCACCGUCCAACAUCACAGACACCUCGAAAAUGACAUUUGACAACACUUUUUCCAACUAUUCCAUAUUUUAUUUGGAUAAGGACCCCGUGCUAAGCACCGCCCAUCCCGCAUCGAAUUUGUUCCGUGCGGAUUACGAUACUUUUGUGAAAUUGAGGAAAUUGGAGCAUGAGAAUGUGAAUAAAUUCAUUGGAUUGUCGAUUGAUGGGGCGGAGUAUUUGUCGGUGUGGAAAAUGUGCAUGCGUGGUAGUUUACAGGACAUAAUCGGUCAGGGAAACUUCUCGAUCGACCCAUUCUUCAUGUUUUGCGUGAUCCGUGACAUGGCCGAAGGGCUCAAAUACCUCCAUAACAGUUUCCUUCACGUUCACGCGAAUCUUCGCAGUGGUACUGUACUUAUCAACGAGUCGUGGCAAGCGAAACUCACGGAUUACGGUCUCGGGAAUCUGGCGGAGGAGAAGAAGCCGAUGAAGAGGAGGCAGUUGUGGAUGGCACCGGAAGUGAUACGGGGGACGUUGUUGCCACAUCAAAUUGAGAAAUCUGCGGAUAUCUACUCGUUGGCUGUGAUUGCGUCGGAGGUUUUGACGAGAAAAGAGGCGUGGAAUAUGUCGGAGAGGAAGGAUACGGUAGAUGAAAUCGUGUACCGUAUCAAGAAGGGCGGCCCAAACCCGCCACGCCCCGAUUUGGACAUGGACGGUGUGGAGAUCAAUCAUAAUUUGUUAAUCCUAAUCCGUGACUGUUGGAGUGAAGAGCCGAUGGACCGCCCGUCGGCCGACGUCAUCUGUAAUCUUUUGAAGAAUAUGAUGCCGAAAAAGGGGAAUCUGAUGGAUCACGUCUUCAAUAUUCUCGAGGAUUACACAACGAAUUUGGAGGUGGAAGUGGAGGAUCGGACGAAAGAGUUAACGGCAGAGAAGAAGAAAGCCGAUGUCUUGUUGGGGAGGAUGUUGCCAAAACAAGUCGCCGAACGUCUCAAACAGGGCCAAACCGUCGAACCAGAGGGAUUCGACUCGGUUACCGUAUUCUUCUCGGACGUCGUCAAAUUCACCCAACUCGCCGCCAAGUGUUCACCUUUUCAGGUGGUCAAUCUCCUCAACGACUUGUACAGUAACUUUGACGCGAUCAUCGAGGAGCACGGUGUGUAUAAAGUAGAAUCGAUUGGUGACGGAUAUUUGUGUGUCUCGGGACUCCCGUCGAGAAAUGGGAAUGCACAUAUAAAACAAAUCGUGGAGCUCUCUCUGGACUUUAUGGCCUACUGUAAAGCAUUCAAAAUCCCUCAUUUGCCACGUGAGAGAGUGGAAUUGAGAGUUGGCGUCAAUUCUGGACCGUGUGUCGCUGGAGUUGUUGGUCUAAGCAUGCCACGUUACUGUCUUUUUGGGGAUACUGUAAAUACGGCGUCUCGAAUGGAGAGUAAUGGGAAGCCGUCCCACAUCCAUCUAAGCGCCGCCUCCUACACACUUCUCAUGAAACACUACCCGAAUCAAUACAAUACAGCGUCGAGAGGUGAUGUUAUUAUAAAAUGGAGCGCACAUGCAUGCCAACUCGAUUUGUUUCAGGGAAAAGGAGUGAUGGAAACAUUUUGGGUUUUCGAAAGAAAUAAUCAAUUCAUGCUGUCCUCGUCGAAUUCUGCAUAUAAUCCUGAUAAGAACAAGAAGAAAAACGAUGAUGACAGUAGUGACGGCUCCGUGGGCUCAUCGACGCCUCCGAGUACUCCGCCGAUGCAUGAUGAGAAACCGAACAGCCCUGUCCGUCACCGUAAACCGCCCGUCCCAUCAUCACCAACGCUCUCCAAACGGUCUGUGAGCCCAAUAAUGGAGGCAAAGGCCCGAGAUAUUCACAACGAGGAGACCGAGGCCCUGUAUCGACAAUUCCGACGGCAGGAGACGUUGGCGUUGAUUUGA